AUGGUCCCGCGCCUGUUGCAACGAACUGUGCUGCUGGGUGGGCUGGCGGUGCUCUUGGUCAUCCGAACCACCAGAGUCCCCUGUCGUACCAGGACGCUUGGCACCCAUACGAGGCUUGGUGGGGUUUGUCGGCCGCCUGAACACCCAGAAGGCAGCAUCCAAAACUGCCUCCACAAGGCUACCCCUGCUGCGGUGUCCGGUUGGCUCGUGCAUCUGCCCAUCACGCUGCAGCUGCUGCUCGAUCCGCCGCCGCCGGUUGGCUCGCGCCUGCACCUUUCUGGUUGCAUCCGCACUGGACAGCUGGGGUGUCGGGGGGGAAGUUGCCCUCGUCGUUUCCUGUCCCAGUUGAUGAUGGUGGCGCUACCGGCCAUAUCUCACACGGGAUUCCACGCCAUAUUCACGGAUAUGGUCACCAAGCUCAUGACACCGAACACCACAUUGCCCUUCACGCUGGUCGAUCUGCUGGUCGAGGCCACCCUGGACCUGUACCGCAAGGUGACUUCGGAGCUAUUGCCCUCACCCACCCGCCCCCAGUACGUCUUCUCCAUAUUACAUGUGGCGCAAGUGUUCCAGGGCCCCACGCACACCGCUUCGGCAUUGUCCAUCUUCCACGCCACUCGUUCCAGCCGUUCCACCCCCGAGCUGCUGGUCCGAGUGUGGCAGCACGAGUGUCUCAGGGUGUUCUACGACCGCCUCACUGAGCCACAGGCGCGGAAGUGGAUGGUGGAGACACUCCAGGAGGUGAGCACGCACUUCCUGUCCGAUUACGCACCGUCCACCCAGCCCGACCCGACCGAAAUCCUACUCUGCACCUUCGCCACCCCCACCGGAGGGUACGAGCUAGCCGAGCAUGUACUGCGAAAACCCGACGGCGACCCUAGCGCGGCCGAGCACGUACUUGACGGCGAAAACUCCAUAGAUGCCGACGCUGGUGGCGGCGGACCCGGUGGCAGCGGCGCCGCCGCCGGCGGCGGCCUUUACUCCGAACCCAACAGCCCUGACAUGAUGACGCGGGGCUCCGGCGCCGGGGCCGGCGGCGGCGGCAGCGGAGGUGCCGCCACCGCCGCCGCCGUCGCCGUCAUCAACCGACCCGGCGGUAGCAGCGGCCUUAUUCCUCAGAUGUCUACUGAUCGGGCUCUGGAGGCUGUGUACACGCAGCAGCAAGCGCCCUGGGUGGAUGAUGGACGACCGGUGCGGGCGGUGGUGGAGGAGCGGCUGCUGGCAGUGGCUCAGGAAUUUGCGGAUCAGCUUUUCGGCGGGAGGGGGCCUUCCCAGGAGCACAUCUUUGUGUUCCGGAACGCGGUGAUGCACCUGGCAAGAAUAUCUCGUGUCUUGUCUAUGGACAUGGGUCACCUCACGCUGCUCGGCCCACCCGGGUGCGGCCGCCGUACACUCGCCAAGCUGGCGUCGUACAUGUGUCGCUGUACCCUGCUUGAGGCCAAGUUGAAAGAUGACCAGAAGGGUUUCGCCUGGCGGGACAUGAUCAAGUCAGCACUGCUGUCGGCCGGGGUGCAGGGCAGGCCCGUAACGCUUCUCCUUGUUGACCUGGGCCGUCCGUGUUCCUGCAUGUUGGAUGAUGUGGACCAGCUAAUGUCCACGGGCUCACUACCGGACCUGUUCAAGCCCGAGGAGGUCGCCUCCAUCACGCAGCAGCUCAAGCCGGUGGCACGAGCUGCGGGACUCACAUGGACGGACUUCGACAGAACGGGGGGCACCAGUGACAACGUGUUGCGGCAGUUCUUCAUGGAGCGCUGUCGGUCUAACCUGCACUUUGUGUUGGUCCUAGAGGGGGAACCAGCGGGGCUGCAGCGCAAGGUUGCUGAGCGCUUCCUUGUUUCCCCUGAGGCCCUGGCGGUGGACAUCGACUCCUGGCACCGAGUCCUGGGUUGUGCGGUGGACAUGCACGGGCUGCUGAAGCCCCACGUGAUGAGACACAACAACAAGGCGGGAUACAACACACCCUUCAUGGCCACGGCGUGCCAGUUCCUAAGACUGCUGAGGCUGCUAAGGUCGAUGGUUCCCCACCGGCGGCAGGUGGUGCUCACUGCGCGGCUCAAGUACCAGCAGGGGGUGGCCAAGAUGACAGACAUGCAGGACAAGCUCUCAGCACUGAGGGGCCAGAUCGCGUCCAUGGGUCCCGAACUGGAGCGCAGUCGGGCCGAAGUGGAGGCCCUGAUGGCGCUGAUUCAGAGCCAGAAGGCGGAGGCCGAGGCCGCCCUUCAGCGCUUCGUGCCGGCUGAGGAGAGCGCCAAGGCGGCUGUGGCGGAGUGUGAGGCGCUGCGGGCGGCAUGUGAUGCGGCUCUGCGGGACGUGAUGCCCCCCCUGCAGGCGGCUCUGAGGGAGCUGAGGAGGAUUGAUAAGAGCUCCAUUGCCGAGCUCAAGGUCAUGAGGAACCCGCCCACACCCGUGAAGCUCGUGAUGCGCUGCAUCUGCAUCAUGCUGGGCCGCAUUCCCCCGCUGGUGGCAGCAGCUGAGGCACGAGCCGCACUGCGGCCCAACUCCCCCAACCGCUCCUCUACUGCCACCGGCCUCAUCGCCACCUCUACCUCCAUAUCCACCUUCUCUUCCCCCACCGAGGACCCCGACAUCUCUGAGGCCUGGUGGGCCGAAUCCAUCAAGCUGCUAGCGGACUUCCACUUCCUGGACAUGCUGCUGGGCUACGAUAAGGACGCCAUGACUCCCGAGAUCUGCGCCCAGGUGGAGGGCUUCGUGGGCAACUCCAUGUUCGACCCGGUUGUGAUGCAGCGCACCUCCCAGGCGGCUGCCACCAUCUGCAAGUGGGUCAAGGCGAUGGAUGCGUUUCAGAAGGGCCGCAAGCUUGUGGACCCCGCUCGAGCUGCACUGGAGGAGGCUGAGGCCCGGUUGCAAGUGCAGGAGGAGAGACUGCAGGACAACCACCGCAAGCUCACAGCAAUGCAGGAGCGAAUACGGGAGCUUGAGAGCAAGUUGGAGCAGGCCCAGGCCAGUCGUGACCGUCUGGAUGCGGACAUGGCUGUGGCGCAGCGUAAGAGUGAACAGGCCCAGCUCACCAUUGCUGCGGUGGUGAGGGAGGUGGGCAGGUGGCAGGACAAUGCGGAGGUGCAGGAGAAGAGGCAUGCGGAGGUGCUGGGGGAGGUGCUGCUCUCAGCCGCUUACAUCGCCUACCUGGGGCCUGUGACGGGCACUGUACGGAUGCACGUGGAAGACGACUGGCACGACUUGCUCCGCAAGGCCGGUGUGGUCUCCCCCCGUCCCUUCCGGCUGGCCGACGUGUUGGCCUCCACCGCCCAGCAGGACACCUGGCGGGACUCCCAGCUGCCUCACAGCCGCACUGCACUGGAGAACGCGGGCAUCAUGGCGGCGUGUGGCAGCUGGGUGCUGCUGCAUGACCCGCAGGAGCUGGGGCACCGCUUUAUUAAAGGAUUCUACGGGGGGGACGUGUGGCUGCAGGGUAUUGGGGGUCGGCCUGUGGUUACGUUCCUAGUUCUGGACCAGUCCGACCCCUCCUACACAUCCCAGCUGUUCCGGGCCAUAGAGAGCGGCUCCACAGUGCUGCUGGAGAACGUGGACGAGGACAUGGACGACAUCACGGAGCAGCUGCUGGCGUGCAAGCUGGUGGGCGACACCCGGGGAGCAGUGGCGCUGAGGCUGGGGGAUAACCUCAUACCCCACCACAAGGACUUCCAGCUGUUCGUGACCACUCGGCUCCGCUCGCCCCGCUUUCCCUCCGACAUCCUCCGCAACGUCACUGUGGUCAACUUCUCCAUUACCCGGGCCCAGCUGUGUGAGCUGCUCAUCACCGCCACCCUGAGGUACGAGAUGCCCGACCUGGAACACGAGCACCUGGUGCUCACCAGGCAGAAGGCCAAGGGGGAGGCAGACCUCAUGGAGCUGGAGGACCAGGUGCUGCAGGCCAUCACCAACACCAGCACUGAGGAGCUAUUGGAGGAGAGUGAGGUGUACCAGCUGCUCAAGAGCUUACAGGUGCUGCGCAUGCAGGGGGAGGGGGGGCGGGGUAAGGGGCCUGAGGCCAUGGAAUCCACUGACGCCAUCAAGGCCAAGGUGUCCCGCAUCGAGGCCUCCCAGAAGGCCAUCAACAUCGUGAGGGCCGACACGGAGAAGUACUUUGUCGCCCGCGUGACCCCCUUCUUCUUCUGCCUGGCCGACCUGGCCAAUGUGCGACACACCUACCAGUUCGGACUGCACUGGUUCAUGAGGCUGUUCAAUGAUGCGCUGGUCACCUGCCUCAAGACAAACUCGGGUAAGGCCCGACUGGCCAGCCUCACCAUGCACUUCACCACCAUGUUCUACGCCAACGUGAGUCGGUCCCUGUUCGAUGAGGACAAACUCCCCUUCGCCAUCAUGAUGAUGGUGCGGUUCCUGGAGGCUAGCGGCUACGCCACCAAGGACGAGGCCAACCUAUUGCUGUACGGCAGAGCUACCGACAGCACCUACACUGCCAAACCCACCUUCAUGCGAUUGGCCUCAGGCCGCUCCGGAUUAGGUCGUACACCUCCUCGCAGAGGGGGGGGCCACCCGGGUAAUGCCCGAAGUCGUGACACAAGUACCAGCGGGGGAGCCCCGGGGGUGGGCACGGGCACUCCCAGCCCAGCAGUGCGCCGCUCUCUGGCGCGCUCUGGGUCGUUGUGGUCGGAGGGCAGCGGCGGCGGCGGUGGCGGCGGUGGGAGUUCGUUGCCGUCGCCGCUGGGUUUUCGGCGGGAGGGCGCCGGGCUGAGAGGCGGCGAGCAGGUGACGUUGGAGGUAUCCCCCGAGGAGAUUCUGAACAAGGGCGGCGCGGCGGAGGGGCAAGACGCCGCAGUGCCGCUGCUGGAUGGUUCCUCCUCGCCACUCCCCCCGUCACCCGUGCAGCCUGGUGAGGGGCUGCUCGCGACGGAGAUUAGCUUCCGCAGCGGCACGGCUGCAGCUGGCGUGGAGGAGGAGGAGGACCCCUUUGGCGGCAUGUUUGUCCGUCGACGUAACGGCCCCGCCAAGGCGCCUGCCGCCGCACCCUCUGCGGUCACACCGGAGACCCCUAGCCGCCUGUCACGUGCGACGAGGCCCUCCGCCAUUACCACCAAUGAAAAUGGCAGCGGCGACAGCGCCGCCUUGGCCGCCGCAGCAAGCUCCCCAUCCGAUAUCAGCCGGCGGACUACGAGCCCUUUCGAGGCAGCGCAGGACGCCGCCGACGCUGCAUUCUUCGCCGCCGCGGCUGGCGAUGACAGCGGCGGUGUUGACGCCGCCGCCGCCGCAGCUUCGGCGGCAGCAGGGGUCUCCACGGGCUCGGUGAGGUUUUCGGCGCCCCGCAGCGCAGUCACCCCUCACUCUCAGCGUCUGUCUGGUUUGCUGCCCAGUCUGUUGUCCAACGACGCCUCGGCCCCCGCUUACCUGCCUGACGACCUGCGCCCCGACUGGCUGCCUGACGAGAGCUGGUCCCGGCUCCGAGACCUGGGCAAGCUGCAGCCGUACAACCGGGUCCUACCUGCGUUGUUCGAGAGCUAUCAAAGUAUCGAGAUGCUGAGGAGGUACUACGAGAACCUGUCCAGGUGGCCCCGGGGCUUCGUGGCCCAGGCCCAGGCGGCGGUCCGCGAGUACCUGGGCCCCGCCUGCGUCUCCAAUGAGCAGCUGGUGGACUUCGAGGCCAUUUUCGCGGUGACUGAGGCCACCAUGCCCAUCGUGCUCAUCUCCUCCACUGACCACACACUGCCCUUCCUGCAGCAGUUUGCUGACAGCCGGGGUAUCAGUGUGAUGCAUAUGGCAAUUGGCAGGGGCCAGGGGGCGGCUACGGACCGGCUCAUUCGCUCCGCUGUGGCCAUGGACCGCUGGGUGAUCCUGGAGAACAGUCACCUGGCGGGUGACUGGAUGCCCUGUCUGUGUCGCCUAGUUCAGGCCCUGCCGCUGCUCAAGCCGCACAUCAACUUCAGGUUGUGGCUGACCAUGGUGCCCACCUCCGCGUACCCGGACAUCAUCUUGCAGUCCUCUCUCAAACUAGUGAUGGACCCACCGCAUGGCAUAAAGGCCAACCUGCUGCAGGUUAUGUCCCAGCUCCCCGUGGAGGUGGCCUCCAACAGCCGGUACGCCACCCAGCUGCUACCCAGCUACGGCGCGGACAGCGAGAGGGACCCCAAAGAUGAUGUCAUCGGCAGGAAGGUGACCAUCCUGCCUAUGGAUUGGAAGCAGCUGGUGCUGCGGCUGUGUCUCUUCCACGCCAUGCUCACGGAGCGGUUGCAGUACAGGUCUCUGGGUUGGCGGCGGCCGUACGAGUUCACUGCCGCCGACGUAUUGUCCGCAAUCAACCAGGUCAUGUCCAUAGUGCACGACUCUCCCGCCGCUGAGCUGGGGGCGGCCCUGCCAGGGUUGCUGCACGUCGUGGGGCAGUGCUUGUACGGCGGCAAGGUGACUCAUGACUGGGACCGGCGGCUGCUGGUGUGUCUGCUGAGUCAGCAACUGAAGCCCAGUGAUGUGGCUGCAGCUGCCACCCUGGAGUCUCUGCUCCCCGAGCGCCUGUCCUCCUGCACUCAGGACCUCUCGGUGGUGGCUAAGGAGGUUCGGUCCCUGGCGAUACCCCGGGGGGACCCCACCCUCGUCGGCCUUUCCCCGGGAGCCGCGUCCGUACGAGCAGCCCAAUACACACGACACGUUCUUGACACGCUCAAGCGUGUCCACCUGCUCAGGUCCUCCUCCGACGAAGUCGACCUCACCAAGCCCUUACAGCUAGCGCUCAGCGUAUGUCAGGACCUCCUGAAGCAGCUGCCCCUCACUCCUAUACCGGGGACAAGGAGCGGUUGGGCGGCGAUGGCGGGUCCAGGCUCGGGUCGGGGGUUGGGCCCGGGCAGCGGCGGAGGCGGCAAACCCGGCUCGGGUCGCGGCUCGUUCUCCUCCAGGGUCUCCUCACCGCUGGGCGCAGCCGGGGCGAGAGUGGGGCAGGCAGGGGCUUCCGCGUCGGUGUCUUCUGGCGGUGCAGGGCCUGGUUCUACUCAUCCUCCGAUGUCGCCUCAGCAAGCUGCGGAGGCGGCUACCCGGGAGCAGCUGUACCGGGCUGCUGCCAUGGCCAACUCGAACUACCUGCCGCGUUACAAGGCGGGCAAGAUGACGGAGGAGAUGAGUGAGGCGGCUCAGGAGCGCUGGGCGGCCACGCACCCCACCAUGCAGAAGGCCAUGGUGCAGGUGUUCAACGACGAGGUGGCUUCCUUCGCGGCGCUACUCAACACGGUGCACGCGUCCAUCCGGGCGGUCAAUGCAGCCAUCAAGGGCUACGAGGGCGUGUCGGAGGGAGUGGCGGAGCUGGUGCAGCAACUGUCACAGGGACAUGUUCCCCGGUCCUGGUUGCACCAGCGGGUGGAGCUCCAGAGUGACAACAUCGCCACCUGGCUGACGGACCUGCAGACUCGACUGGAGUUCCUGUACGACUGGGCAGUGGAGGGGCCGCCAGUGGCCGUGCCGCUGGGCAUGCUCAGCCGGCCGCGAAGCUUCCUCACCGCCGUACAGCAAAGUUUCGCGGAGCGCAUGAGCCGACCCGUGGGUCAGGUCUACCUGGAUGCAGUGCUGCUGCAGGAGGACGAAGAGCAGAUGCUUCCCCGUUACCGCCUGCCGCAGCUGGGCUCUAGGGCCCUGGCCACCACGCCCCUCACGGCUGCGGAUGGCAGUACCUUGACACUGAGCACGGCCCUGUCCGAGGGCUGUCUGGUAGGCGGGCUGGUGUUGCAAGGAGCGAGGUGGGACCGAUCCCGCCGCGCAUUGGCGGACCCCGAGCCCGGUGUGCUGCACAGCGGCAUGCCGCUGCUGUGGCUGCGCGCCACUGCCAGCCCCGCGGUGCCGCAGCUGGCUCGGGCGCUGGCGCUGCCCGGGGCCACGGUGCCCACGCGGAUUAACGACUCGUAUGUGUGCCCCGUGUUUAAGUUCGUUGCGGGUUUCGGCGGCCGCAACACCAACCUGCUGCAGGGCGAUGCGGAGGACUGCUUGACGACGGUGUUGUUGCCGUGUGGAUCCCGCAAGGCCGAGUACUGGGCCGCACACCAUGUGGUGGUGGCGGCGGUGCCUGACCCGGGGGGGGUGCUGGACUCCGCGGGGGGCAGUGCGUGGGGGAGUGCCCGGGAGAGCAGUGCGGGGACACCGGGAGGAGGGAAUAACACGGGGGUUGGGCCACCUUUGGUGUCUUCACCCGCGUGCCGGGGCAUGUACACCCAGUUUAACCAGUUAGCAAAGGCCCCGCCGGACUGUAGCAGCAGUCAGCAGAAAGGAAAUAACCUGCCGAGGACGCGCACGACCCACCGCCGGAGCUUUCACCAGCGGUUGCGAUACCUUUAG